CCAUGCAGGUCUCUCCUAAUGUCACCACAGCCCACUCUUCAGGUGAUCACUGCCGGCCGACCUCAGAAUAACUGGGCUAUAUGCAGCCUCAGUUAAUCCUUAAGAAGAACACUGCCUCCCUGCUCGCCAGUGAAAGUCCUGCACUGAGACAAAGAGGACUUUCCCCUCCUGAGAUCAGCAGGACAGCAUGAGGAUUAGCCACGAUCCUCAACACAGGACACCUCCACUGUUGCAGUGAUGUAUCCUCUGGUACUUUCACCAAGCCGGGGAGUUCAUUUGUGAGUGAACCAGAACUAUAACUACCAUGAGCACUGACUCUAUCUGCAGGCCAGAGCUAGAUUUGGAGAACCCUGGCGAGCUGGCCGACCUGGUGGCAGCCAUGAACGUGACCGCCAACCGCAUGACGCCUCCUAAUGGCUACAGGCCCGGUCCCCCGAGGACAAACAGCUCUCACAGAGGUCGAACAUCAGACAGGAAGAUGUCACUGCAGGAGAAGGGGAGUCGCAUAGCCCGACAGCGCACUAUCGAGACCAAACGUGUGUCCAUCACAGAUGCUGAUGAUUGUGUCCAGCUCAACCAGUAUAAGCUGAACCGAGAGAUUGGAAAGGGUUCAUACGGAGUGGUGAAAUUAGCUUAUAAUGAAGAUUCUGAACAGUACUAUGCGAUGAAAGUCGUUUCAAAGAAGAGGCUGAUGAGGCUGUGUGGAUUUUUUCGCCGCCUGCCUCCUCAAGGAUCAAACUCGCAGCAGGAUCCGUUCCCUAAAGCCUCGUUGCCUCUGGAGAAAGUUUACAAAGAGAUCGCCAUCCUAAAGAAGCUGGACCAUCAUAAUGUCGUUAAACUAGUUGAGGUGCUUGAUGAUCCUGAUGAAGAUGGACUUCAUAUGGCCUUCGAAUUGAUGACAAAAGGUCCGGUGAUGGAGGUUCCUACAGACGACCCUUUCACAGAGGACCAGGCUCGCUUUUAUUUCAGAGACGUCGUCCUGGGGAUAGAGUACUUGCACUACCACAAGAUCAUCCACAGGGACAUUAAACCCUCCAACCUGCUGCUGGGCGACGACGGUCACGUCAAGAUCGCAGACUUUGGUGUGAGCAACGAGUUUGAGGGGACGGACGCCCUCCUGUCGAGCACCGCGGGGACACCGGCCUUCAUGGCCCCUGAGAUGAUGACCGAACAUGAGCAGUGCUUCAGUGGAAAGGCGUUAGACGUGUGGGCGAUGGGAGUCACACUGUACUGUUUUGUCUAUGGGAAGUGUCCUUUUUAUGACGAAUACAUCGUCUCUCUGCACAACAAGAUCAAGAACAAACCUGUGGAGUUUCCAGAGAGGCCGCUGAUAAGUAAUGAAUUAAAAGAGCUCAUUGAAAGGAUGCUGGAUAAAAACCCUGAAACAAGAAUCACCAUCCCUGAAAUUAAGCUCCAUCCGUGGGUGACAGAGAACGGCUCCAAUCCCCUUCCUCUGGAGGAGGAGCACUGUACGGCGGUGGAGGUCACCGAGGAGGAGGUGCAGAACAGCGUCAAACUCAUCCCCAGCCUUUCCACUGUGAUUCUAGUGAAGUCCAUGCUGAGGAAGCGGUCUUUUGGUAAUCCCUUUGAGUGUCAGCGCAGACGGGCGGAGAGGUCCAUGUCUGCCCCUGGAGGUCUUCUUACCGGUACUUGGGGCUUAUUGGGGUCUUCGGCUCACCUUCAUCCUUCCUUGAGGAGCAGGGAGGGGAGCAGAGACGGAGAGUUGGAGGACUUGUAUGAAGAUGAUACAUUUACAGAGUGUACAGAAUGAACUGAAACGUGCACACAGAUUUAAAAAAAAAAAAAAAAAGCGUGCAGAAAAUAAUUUGUUUUCUACAUUUCUUCAUGUCUUUAAUUCUCUCUUAAGUUUGCUUUUGCUUCCUGCUUGCUGUGCUUGCAUGCUUUUCUCACUAUAGUGCAUCAGGCUGAUAAUUAUGUGAUAUAUUAAAUAUUAUAAAGAUUAAUAGAUCAUUAAACACUUAAUAAUUAAAUAUGAAUAUUAUUUAAAAUAUGAAUUCAAUAAUUAUUCAAUUAUUAUUUAAAAUAUAAAUUAAAUAAUUAUUCUGACCCUCGGCUUGUUUACUGUUUUGUUAAUAUUUAAAUUACAGAUGGCAUGAGUGGUGAAUAUGAUUCAUUUACUUUGGAUUGUUGUUAAAAAUGUAAAUAUGCUCUAUAAAGAAGAUAUUUUUACAUUUUCCUACAGCUGUUGAAGAUAAUAAACAUUCUAAUUUCAAACAA